GCUACUCCACUCUCGAGCAAUCGAAUGUAAAAGGUGCACGCGAUCGCCGCAAACUGUCAAGUGUUGCAAUAUCAGUUCGGUUUAGUUUUUUUUUCGCUCUUCGUCAUUCGAAAGCAUAUUUUUACACAUUGCUCAUUGACGAGGCGUGUGAAGGAAGGUGAUCGCGUAAUAGACCCAGACAGCUUUUGCGGCAACAACGAUCUUCAACUGUUUACGGUUGUGCCCUGACCGGGUAAAAUCAACAGCAAAUAUGAGGCGCUGUCAAUGUGGUUUUGCAAACUUCCGAGCAUGGUGCUUUAGAUUGGAGAACCUGAAGAGCUUAGCAAGGGAGCAGCAGCUAGGCUUAAUCAAGUUCAAACACGACUUCCUUGAAUGAAAUCCUACAAAAAAGUGUGUAUGUGAGUCAAAGGCCUAAAGCGCAACAUUAAAAAAAACCAACGCGCCUGGACAGAUGCGUGGAAUAGUUUAAGUUAAGUUGGGGCAACAGUGAAGCAAAAAAUUGAGGAAACGUCCGGCCGAGGACCACGGACCAAGUUGUGCGCUGAUUUAAGUGUUAAAUUGAGACAUGCAGCUUCCUGGGCUGGUGGAGUUUGUCAACAUUGCUAAGGUUCACCGACCGGUGGCUUUAGUUGGGCUGAUUUUGUUUGUGCUGCUGAGCCUGUUUGCGGAACCGAUUCAAGCACAAAAGGAAGAAAAUCAAGAUGUAUUCAACACCACCUCCUGUCUGGAGAAACCCUAUCGAUGUCCUCAUCCGAGGAUCAAAUUCUAUCUAUACACCCGACGGACUCAGCAAACUCCGGAGCUGAUCAACGUGCUGGAUCGUGAGUCACUCUUCAACACCCACUGGAAUCCAAAACAUCCGGUCAAAAUAGUCAUCCAUGGGUUCGGCGGUGGUCGAAAUCUUUCGCCCAGUCCAGAUAUGCGGAAGGCCUACUUCAUCCGGGGGAACUAUAACAUCAUAAUCGUUGACUACGGAUCGGCCGUCAAGGAACCUUGCCUGAGUCAAAUCGAAUGGGCACCGCGAUUUGGAAGUUUAUGUGUCUCGCAGCUGGUCAAAUAUAUCGCCAACCACCCCAGGGGAGUUCCUCCGGAUAGUAUGCAUUUCAUUGGGUACAGUGUUGGGGCUCACAUUGCCGGAUUGGUUGCUAAUCAUCUGACACCGGAGGAAGGAAAACUUGGCCGCAUCACUGGGUUAGAUCCAACGAUUUUCUUCUACGCCGGUUCGAACAACACCAGGGAUUUGGACCCGUCGGAUGCACAUUUUGUUGAUAUUAUCCAUACGGGAGCUGGCAUUUUGGGACAAUGGAGUCCGGGUGGACAUGCCGACUUUUACGUUAAUGGAGGAACCAGUCAGCCGGGAUGCGCUAGCAGCACAAUUUUCCAAACGUUGGCAUGUGACCAUACGAAAGUAACGCCGUACUUCAUCGAAUCGAUAAACAGUGAGAAGGGAUUCUGGGCUGGUCCUUGUACGACACUAUUUUCGUAUCUCCUCGGCUGGUGUGAGCCCAAGGAUUCCGACUACGUGCUUAUGGGAGAGCAUGUUACUCAUAGGGCUCGAGGAGUGUACUACGUAACAACCAACGCCAAACCUCCGUACGCCCGUGGUUUUCCGGGCAAGAAUCGCCGAACUGGGAAAAAUUCCGAAUACUCGGGCGUUCGACGGAAAUGAUUCGGUCCGGGAAAAAAAACCUUAGCGCUGCCCGUGUUGUGCCAAUGCUGUAACAGAACCAAUAACUGCCUACCUAGUGAAACAAACAAAACUUAAAAAUCUCUGGAAUCAGUCAUCAGAAGCGAAACGGUUGUGAUAAAGUUUUUGAUAAAAUUGUGUGCAGAACUGUGUGAGUUAACAUUUGGAUUUACAGGUUUGCGAAGUUUUAAAUUGGAAAUUGAAAAAAAGUGGUUUGAGGGAGGUUUAAGUCGGAGGAAUAUGUUUAAGUUUUUUUGUAGGUCCUAGAAAGAAACUGAUAUUAGUAAGGUAAUAAUUUAUGCACAUCGAAAGUAGAGAACUAAAACCAAACAAACAAGAUUUUAAUUUAUAGUGAUUCAAUCGUUUGAUUUGUACAGAGAAAAAAACAUUAUUGAACAUGACUGGGACAUUAAUACCGGAGCAUCUCGCGAAAUAGAAUUUAAAAUGGAUUUCAAAUUACAGUGAAGAUACAAAUUUUUCGUCACAAAGUUUAGAGAAUGGGGAAUCUAAGCUUAAAAAGUAGCACAUAACGUUCAGAAGGAAAAUAUGAACUUUAGUUCUGGAGCAACUCAUACGUAGCUACAAAUAGUCGUAGGUAAUUAAUGUUGGUAAGUAGGUAUUUAGUAUCAUGCACUUCAUGCCCCAGGAUAUUGUACCUUUUAAUAACAGCUUUUAUUAGUCGAUAAGGUAAAACAGAUUUUUGUCAAUAAACUUUCCUUAGUUUAAUGGA